AUGGCUCUGCUGGCCCUGCUCGUCCUGCUGGCCCUGGCCGGGCCCGUGGGGGGCACGUGGGACACCUGCAGGAAGACCUGCGGGCUUCGGCCCAUGCAUCUGAACAAGAGCAUCGCGAUUCCCGAGUACAGACCCUCGCGUUCUGCCAAUGUCACCACCCUCGAUGUCCUGCCAGGGGCCUGGCCUGGCAUCGCCAGCAUCCAGGUGACCUCGAAGAACGGCUCGUGGCACAUGUGCGCCGGAGCCCUCAUCGACCAUCACUGGGUGCUCACGGCUGCCCGCUGCUUCCUCGGGGCCAGGGAUAUCCACAAGUGGAAGGUGGUGAUCGGAGCCACGGAUCUGAGCCAGCCGGGCGCCAAGGCCGCGGUGUUCAAGGUCAAGCGGAUCCUGCUGCACCGGCACUACGUGGCCACCACGGCCAGGAACAACAUCGCCCUGCUGGAGCUGGACCAGCCCGUGGAGUGCAGCGACUACAUCCAGCUGGGCUGCGUGCCCGACAGCUCCCUGGCAGUGGCCGAGCUCAGAACCUGCUUCAUCGCGGGCUGGAGAGCCAGCCCGGACAGCGCUCCCGGGCCGCGCCUGGUGCUGCAGGAGGCCAAGGUGCGGCUCAUCGACGUCCAGCUGUGCAACAGCAGCCGCUGGUACGGGGGGGCCGUGCACCCCCAGGACCUGUGCGCGGGGUACCCGCGGGGCGGCAUCGACACCUGCCAGGGGGACAUCGGGGGCCCCCUGGUCUGCAAGGACAAGAAGGAGGACAAGUUCUGGCUGGUGGGACUGGCCAGCUGGGGCCGAGGCUGCGCCAAGGCCAAGAGAACCGGGAUCUUCACCAACACCCAGCACUUCCACACCUGGAUCCACGCCCACGCCACCCCGAACCCGGCGCCCUUCUCAGGCGACUCGGAGCCCACCCUGACCUCGGCCGAGCCACCCCAAACGGAGCCGGACGGCGCCACGGCCGUCACCAUCCCGAAACGGACCCUGAGGCAUUUCCUUGGGAAGCUGCUGGAGGUGUUGGAGCUCCUCAAGAGCAGGUCGGGGUGA